ACUUAUUUCUUUGAUUGCUUGAUCAGGAAAAAUUAGCUCCACUAUGGUAGGACUUAUACCUUAUGAAUAUUUAUGUUUAUUUACAAAUGAAUUUAGUGAAGAAAAUUUUAUUGGAAAAUUUCAAUUUGGCAAACUGUACCGUGGAAUAUGGGAAGACGGUUCUGACAAUAUUAUCGAGGAUAAUAAAUGGGAAGACUUGGAGGUACUGGUGAAGAUUUAUGAAGAUCCUUUAAUUUAUAAAGUUUAUCCAGGAGACACUCAUGAGAGAUUUAGAGAUGAAAUGCAAGCAGCUGAGCUAUUUAAACGUAAUAACCCCAAUCUGCCCAAGUUGAUUGGAUAUUGGUAUCAACGUGAACCUGAACAGGCUGCUCUCAUCUAUGAAUUGAAAGCGCUACAAGAUGCUUUGAGUAAUCUAAUACCAAAAGAUAGUUUUUGCUGGCUACAGAGAAUCAAGGUUGCUUUUGGAUUAGCAUCCGUUCUUGAAAUUCUGCAUUGCUAUUCACGGUAUCUGAUUCGCAAUAUAGAUGCAGCUCAUAUAAUGGUUGACAAGGAUUACAACCCAAUAUUAAUUGACUUCAGUAUGUUAUCUGGGGGGAUUGUUUUUGAUAAAAAGGAUAUUCUAUGUCAACAUGUACACGGCUGUUAUGGUUAUAUUGAUCCAAGUCUUGCCCAAGGUGGAUGGUCUGAGAAAUGUGAUGUUUUUGCAUAUGGAUUCUUCCCAAGUCCAGCUCACAAUGAAUGCAUUAUAAAUAAAGGACAGAGGAGACCAACUAACCCUUUUGCAGGUAAGGAGUGUGAAAACAUAAAAGUAUAUUCUUAUGAGGACCUCAGUUGCUAUACCAAUGGAUUUAGGAAAGAAAACCUCAUUGGAAACUUCCAAUUUGGCAAAGUGUAUCAUGGAGUGAUGGAAGGACAACAAGUGACAGUGAAAAUAUGGGAUGGUGUCAAUAAAAAAAAUAGACGAAAUUACGGUACUUUGGGAACUCAAAAUGAACUCAGGUUGAGGGCCGAACUUCUUUUACUUAAGCAUCGAAAACUGAUAUCACUCCCAUAUUUGGUUAAUGUGAUUGGAUACUGCCACGAAAAUGAACAUUUUAGUGUUGUCUAUGAUCUUAAGCCGCUGAAUUCCAUGCAUAACCUCCUACUCAAGGAUACUUUUACUUGGUCUAGGAGAAUCAAAGCUGCCUUAGGAUUAGCAUGCCUACUCAAAUUUUUACACACUCCUGAUCCACCUAAUGAGAAAUACCUUGUUUGCAAUAUUGCUGCUCCUCAUAUAAUGCUUGACCAGGAGUACAAUCCAAAGUUGUUCGACUUCGGCAUGUUUCGAGGUGGAAUUUUUUCCGAUUGGUGGUAUGACUAUCCUUCUAAGAAUGACGAGUGUUUUGGUUAUGCUGAUCCAGCUACGAUUGGGGAAGGUAUUUCAGCUCAACAAGUUUAUUUGUUCUAUUGUGUGUGGAAUAUAUUUAUGAGAUUGAUGUUCAUCAGCUGGGUGUUUAAAAUAUUCAGAAGAAAAACACAUCAAAAUUAUGUCGUCUGAUUAAAGCGCCGCAGAUAAAGACUGCAAGUCAUUUUUGCUUAAAAUGUAGGUUAUUUUAGUCUUUUUUAAUAAAAAUUUAUUAAAUCA